CAUGCUUAAGGAAUCAAAAUUUAAGGAAACAGGUGUGAUCACCCCAGAAGAGUUUGUUGCAGCUGGAAACCACUUAGUCCAUCACUGUCCAACAUGGCAAUGGGCUUCAGGGGAACAAUUGAAAGUCAAGGCAUACCUUCCAACUGGCAAACAGUUUUUGGUAACUAAAAAUGUGCCUUGCUAUAAGCGGUGCAAACAAAUGGAAUAUUCUGAUGAAUUGGAAGCUAUAAUUGAAGAAAAUGAUGGUGAUGGGGGAUGGGUAGAUACAUAUCACAACUCAGGUAUUACAGGAGUUACAGAAGUAGUUAAGGAGAUUACCCUGGAAAGCAAGGAUAGCAUAAAGCGAGACUGCUCAGCUUUAUGUGAUGAGGAAGAAGAAGAUGAGGGAGAAGCAGCAGAUAUGGAAGAAUAUGAAGAGAGUGGACUCUUGGAGACAGAUGAGGCUACUCUGGAUACAAGGAAAAUAGUAGAAGUUAAUUAAGCUAAAAAUGAUGCUGGAAGUGAAGAUGCUAUUUUACAAACCAGAACUUAUGAUCUUUAUAUUACAUAUGACAAAUAUUAUCAGAUUCCAAGACUCUGAUUAUUUGGUUAUGAUGAGCAACGACAGCCUUUAACGGUAGAACAUAUGUAUGAAGACAUCAGUCAAGAUCAUGUUAAGAAAACAGUGAUCAUCAAAAAUCACCCUUAUCUUCCACCUCCUCCCAUGUGUUCAGUUCACCCGUGCAGACAU